UUCACGCCAGACAAUUUCGCGCUCACGCACUACACUUCGAUUCGACGACGAACAGCUCAAUGAGGUAGUCAAUGGAACCCUCAGGCAGGCGAGAUGGAGUCCGCUGGUGGCAGCAGCGAGUCCCGCCGUAAUACCGUCUCCGGUCCCCGACCCGACGUGGACCAGAAGGAUGUACUCGACAACGAGCAGAAUGCUCUCACACAACCGGCGAGCGACGCGAUGAGGCUUCCCCUUCUAUCGAUGACAGAUGUCAGCCCGCCGACGAAACCGACCCCGCACAAGCGUUCCGGAAGUGGGAGUAUACUGGGCAGGUUCAAUUUCUUGAGGAACAGCAGUGAGACAAAAGGCGACAAGGAGAAGGAGAAUGGCCUGCAAAGUCCGAAAAGCCACAAAAGCAGUAAGAGCAUUGACGACGAUGCGCCGGAACACUCACCAAUAUCGCCUGAGAAGGGCGAGAGUGCCAUGGCUGCGGUGCUGAAGUCGCCGACCACGAGGAAGCGCAAGGGGUCAUUACGGAAGACAGCGCUGUUGGGAGGGCGGAAGUUGGCAGCUGAAGGGAGAGAGCGGAGGAAUAGUCUUCUUUCGCGGAGCUCUUCCACAAAACACAUCCAGCCUCAGGUUCCCACCGUGGAUGCCAUCACUCAGACAGCUGCCGUCCCCAAUGAUGAGGGCGACGACGAUGAGGAUCAUGAAGCAACAAGCAGUUUACACAGCGGAUUCAGCUAUGAGCAAGUCCCAGCUGCUAGCAGCAGUAGCAGUGAUGCU